AUAGGAUUGCAAUUUAUGUAUUUUAAUAUUUUAGAUAAUAAGAAGAAAGAAUUAGCAUCGCAAAGUCCACUAUGGAUAUCUGAAGAUUUAGAGUGGUGGCACGAUCGCAGUAACGAUCCAGUACCCCGUUUUGUACAAAUCGCAUCGCUUUACAGUGAAUUAAUUGCAGUUUCUGCAUCAGGACAAUUGUACCAAUGGAAAUGGACAGAAUCGGAACCGUAUAAAAAUGCAGAUAAUCCAAAUGUGCACCAUCCAAAAACCAUUCCAUUGGCAUUGACAGCAGAAAAAAUAGUCAAUAUAUCUGCUACAGCAAUUCGAUGUUCUGUUAGUACCGAGAAUGGAAAAGUAGCAACUUGGCUUGAUGAACUUUUAGGACAUGUUGCUUCCCGUCUUGAGCAUCCUGCACAAGCUUUCACUGAAUUUACAUUGGAUAAAAUUGUAUCACUUUAUACAUGUGCUUUGUACACUGUUGCAAGACUCGAAAGUGGAACAUUGUAUUGGUGGGGCGUUUUACCAUUUGCACAACGUAAGAAAUUGUGGGAAAAAUACAAAGCAAAAUCACGCAAGCAUAGACCAUCCACUGUUUUAUCAAGCGACAUUAGUUAUGGGACACAUGUAUGCAUGAAAAAUAGUCCAGUUUAUCAACCAGGAGCUAUUGGAUUUACAAUAGCUAAUGGUAUACCAAAAGUGGGACAGUUGCUAUCGGCAGCAUGGAAUGUAGAUGCUACUUGUAGAUUUAAAAUAUUACCUGCUGGUACACAUGUAUCUAACACAAACACUGAUAAACGCGAGUCUAAUGGAAAUGGAACCACAACAGUUGUAAACAAACCGAAUCAUAAGGAAACUGCUGAUAGACUUGAUAUGCCUCCUCCACCAUCACCAGCUUCGAGUACUUGUAGUGAUACUGGCAGCAUUACAACAAGUCACAAACGACAGAAACGUAUAACACCUCGAAGUGAAGGAGAAUUUGAAAGAAAGGACGAAGAAGAUUGGCAAUUGAAAGAUGUUGUUUUUGUCGAAGAUGUCAAAACUGUACCUAUCGGAAAAGUUAUCAAAGUUGAUGGUUGCUAUGUAGCAGUUAAAUUCUUUUCAAGAGAUUCAAAAGAAAAGGAAAUUAAAGAAAAGGAUUUUAGUCAAUCAGAUUUUAAGGAUCUUACAACGGAGGAGCCAAUGAAGUUAUUAGCAGAUUGUAGACUCUUACGUAAAGAUGAGUUACAGGUAAUUAAAUCGUCAUUAAAUCCACGAGCCCCGGAUUGUUUUCAAAGAACACCUAGAAGAGUUAACAUAAUGGAAAGUUCAAAUGAUAGUUUGUUAACUAUAUCCAUUGAUGGACAAGGUAUUCAUGCUAUAUUAAAAAGUGGAAACAAAUUGAGUUAUGUAGUGUACAAUUUAAGUACAGGAAGAUAUGUUCAAGAUCGUUAUAUUCCAUCUGAUAUUUCAUCAUUUUUGGGGCUGCAACCUCAAAAUAUUAAUCUUACAAGUGCAGGAGAGAAUAUCGAAUGUUCUAUGAUUUUACGAGAUGGUAAUAACACUAUUUACCCGAUCGCGAAAGAUUGCGCUGACGCCAUACGCGACCCAAAUUGGCUGGAUCUAGUACCAGUAAAUUGCAUAGGUGCAGCAACUAUUCCCAUUUCUAGCUGCUCCAAUUCAUCCAACUUAAAAAAUCAGGUUGCAGUUAUCGCAUUAGCAUUCGACAAUCUUUUGCUUAUGCCACGUAUAUUGCGAUGUGAUUACGAGAGUGUAAAACAAGUAUUUUGUAAUUUGGAACAAGACCUAAAGAACAAUUUGACAUAUUUAAACGCAAAUUCACAAAUUCAAACAAUACUAAAAGAACGCUGUGAUGGCAAUCGAAAUAUACUUCACGCUUGUGUUAACAUGUGUUCACCAACUUCCAAUAAAGAAACUGAACAAGUUAUUGAACGUGAAUUGGUAUCGAAUGCAGUAGAUAACACUUCUGCACCUAUUGAAGAGCCAAUUCCGACAUUAAGUUGGCCACCUGAAGCAUUUGAUAAUACAUCCGGAGAAGAGGACAGUUUGUUAAGCAUAGGUGCUGCUAGCAUAUCUAUGAUGAAUAAAUCUAAUAUUGGGGCUACAUCUAAUAAUACAUACAUUAUAGAUUCCGUUGAAAGGCGACAUAAUGCACUGCUUAUACUAAAAUAUAUGUGCGAAAAUAAUAUUCUAAUACCACACUUGAAGGAAUUGUUGACAGCAAAGGAUGCUCAAGGACAAACUCCGCUCAUGCUCGCCGUAUCGGUUCGUGCGUAUCAUGCAGCUCUUAUUUUAUUGGACACUAUACAAAAAGUAGGCAAAGAUGCAAAAGAUAUUUCAGCCAUGAUACUGCCAGCUGAUGCCAGUCCAGAUCUUUCUCCAUUAUUUGUUACUUGUUGCAAUGAUACGUGCAGUUUCACAUGGACUGGGGCUGAACAUAUUAAUCAAGACAUUUUCGAAUGUAGAACUUGCGGUCUGACGGGAUCUUUGUGUUGUUGCACUGAAUGCGCUCGUGUUUGUCAUAGAGGUCACGAUUGCAAGCUUAAAAUAACUUCUCCCACAGCAUAUUGCGAUUGUUGGGAAAAAUGUAAAUGCCGUGCUCUCAUUGCCGGUCAUCAAGGUGCGAGAUAUGAUUUGCUGUGUCGUCUCAUAAACAAUACUGAUCUUGCCACGAAGAUUAAUUCACGGGGUGAAAGUAUUUUGUUAUUCUUGGUGCAAACAGUUGGAAGACAACUAGUCGAACAACGACAAUUUAGAUCAGCACCUAGACAACGAUCAACCUCGGCUAGUCGUAAAGCACCGACGUCAGACGGUUUAGGUACAGAUUCAGAUAUGCCAGAUCAUGAUUUGGAGCCUCCUCGAUUCAGUCGAAAAGCGCUUGAAAGAUUGUUGAAUGAUUGGCCAGCUGUUCAAUGUAUGAUUAUGUCAGGUGUUUCUGAAAAUGGUACUAAUCAAUUAUUUGGUGAUCAGGGACAAUUAUGCCGGCAAAGUGGUACCGCAUUACUAGACAAAUUUACGCAUACCUUAUUUACUAAAUGUAGCGCCGAAAUGCUCGAUACAUUGCUCACCACUCUGAUUAGAGAAUUGCAAGAUGAAUCUGUGCCUGGACGACAGGAAGAAGCGAAUAAUGUGGCGCGUCGAUUUGUAAGAUCCGUGGCACGUAUAUUUGUUAUUUUCACUAUAGAAAUGGCACCAAACACGACAAAAAGACGAAGCACAAAUCAAGCUUCGCAACCUUUUAUGAAGUGUCGAAAGGUUUUUCAAGCGCUAAUCAAAUUAGCUAUAGAAGAAUUAUGUGAAACAGCAGAUUCAUUGAUAGCACCAGUCAGAUUAGGUGUGGCACGCCCAACCGCACCGUUUACAUUAACGAGUUCAGCUAUUGAAGUGAUUAAUAGUUCAGAGGAAUUAUUUUCUAUAGAGCCUUUAAUACCUCACAGUGGUGUUAGUUCACAGACAUUGGACGCAGCAUUACAAACACAGCAAGCAAAUAAUAAUAUAGCAAUUUCAAGAGGAGAUGUUUCUGCUGUAGAUGAAGCAGAAGGUGGAGAAGAAAUACCUAUGGACAUGGAUGGUGAUAUUAGCGAACACGAGGAAUCGGGUGUUUCUGGAACCGCUACUGGUCAACCAAUUGGUGAAGUUGACUCGAAUGUCGGUGGUGUUGGUGAAGAACAAGCUGGAGACGGUGAAUCAGAUACAGAAUUGGACCUUUUGGCGGAAGCGGAAACUGAAUCCGAUUCAGAUGACAAUCAUAGCAAUCAGGAUGCAGCAUCCGCGCAACGUAGCGUGCAAACUGGUGCGACCGCUGGUUCCGAUGGUGGAAUGGGAUCGAUAUUAUUGUUCCCCGAGGAUGAAUCGGGAGAAUCGAGUCAACAGGAGGACGAUGAAAGUGAAGCCGGUGAAACAGAUGAACAAGAUAAUGAGGAUUUCCAAAUUGGCGAUGAACAAUUAGAGCGUAGAAGUGGAUCGUCCGGUCAUUUACAUCGUAAUAAUCUUGCUCCUGUAUAUAUGCAAUGGGCAAUACGCAAUCGUGAAUCGAACACGCGCACAGCGGGUUUACGAGUAACAGGUGGAAGUAAUCUGGUUUUCAUUGAUCCCGCAUCUUUAAGACGAACCACUGCCACAUCGGCUGUUGCAACUGCGCAAGAACCUAUAACCAUGGGGACCACUGCUAGUUGCCUGGCGCGAGCAUUUGGAAUUGUUAUUCGGCAAAUUGCCGAUCUGUUAGUUAUCAUGCAAGAUUAUAAGAAUCUAGCGCCCACCUUGCCACGAUUGAUAGAGAUUACUUUUCAAGAUGCUCUAAAUUUACAGUCAUAUUUAGAAGCGCACUUGAAACCUACUUGGGAUUGGUUACUCACGGUGAUGGAUGCUACAGAGGCACAGUUGAGAUUCGGAGUAUCUUUGACACGUAGCGCGGAUCCGACUCAUCCCGAACAUCCUCUUAAUAAUACUCCAUCUUUGUCCGGUGGUAAUUUCAGCGGUUUAUUGAACACAGCCGCUCUUUCGCUGACUUUACAAGGAAAUACAGGUCGGAACCCUCGCGGCAGUAUCACUACCAGCUCGAAUAUCUCCACUCCUCAAGCUUCAACACGACUCACCGUUGGUUUUGCAGGCGUUGGCGAGCCUCCGAGGAGCAGUAGAGAACGCGAAGGUGGCGAUGCACACUCGGCGAGACGCGAAUUCUUAUCAUAUUGCCUGUCUUUAAUGCGCGCCCACAACAGUGAACAUAGAGAUAGUCUACCGGUUUUAGACGUCUCAGCUUUAAGACAUGUCGCUUAUGUAUUUGAUGCACUUGUAUAUUAUAUGCGUUCUCUUUCGGAACCUCUUGCUUCCAGAGGUGAGACUCAGAAAGAAUCGUCCACUUUUUCCAGUUGGAAUGAUCAGGAUGAAAAUGACAAUGACGAAGGUGAGGAAUACAAUUCACCAGCACCAACUGCCAUGGAAACAGAUUCUGUAGAUUAUCCAGAUUUACUUCAAGUGCCCAUAUGUGGAUCUGGAAAUCACGGCAACUCGACACCGAAAGGAAGGAAACAUCCUUUUCUACAAAGAUCAGAUUCUACUUUGUGCCUUGGUUGCCCGCCUCUAGAUCCAUUUGAUACUGUAAUAGGUGAAGCGCUGCCGUUGGCUGAUCAACCGCACUUAUUGCAGCCACAUUCGAGACGCGAAGAUCUCUUUGGCAUCCCGAGACAACCAACUUAUUCUAAUACGGGUGGAUCUAGUCAAAAUUCUUUGGAAGGUUUGCCAACAAGACUAGGUCUCUCUGCACGACAGGGCACCGACAGUCAUAACAGUCUGACAACUCCAACAUUUAGUCAAGUUGUACAAGGACCGCUUUCUAAUUCUAAUUUAGAAUCAAGAAGAAAUUCCACUGGGGACUUGAAUUCUAUCAAAUAUAUGGAUAAAUUAAAAUCGUGUAAUCAUCCUAAUGAAGGACAUUCUCUCGUAGCAGAGCAAAUUGAUAGAGCACCUAUUAUAGUAUCUACAAAUAAUCAAAGUGAUGCAACAGCGAGUAUCAAGGGCAAAGACAUAUGCAAAAGUAGUAGAAGUGUUAUAGUCAGAGCUGGAACAGUAACGGAAUCAAAUACAAAUAAAAUCGGUGCGCCUGAAAUAUUGGUUGUGCCAACUAUCGAUAGUCAAAAUGUAUCCGAAGAAGUCGAUCCAGCUGCCACAAGUCACGAGAUAUCUGCUCACGAAACCGUUGAAACGAGUCCAAUAGAUUCCGCCAAAGCGGUAUCAUCAAUCGGGACGAAUAUCUCGCAUAAUAUCUUGUUAGGACGAUGGCGAUUGGCAUUGGAUUUGUUUGGACGAGUUUUUAUGGAAGAUGUAGGCUUAGAAGCUGGUUCAGUUGUAUCCGAAUUGGGAGGGUUUCCCGUGAAGGAAGCUAAGUUCCGUAGAGAUAUGGAAAAACUUAGAAACUCGCAACAAAAAGAUAUCACUAUCAAGGUGGAACGAGAUAGAACACAGUUAUUGGUACAGACAAUGAAAGAAUUAAAUACACAGUAUAAUAUAUAUAAUAGAAGAGCUUCGAACACUCCGCCUUUGGCAGUGAGUCGAGUUAAAGUCUUUUUCAAGGAUGAACCUGGCGAAGGAGCCGGUGUUACUCGAAGCUUUUAUACUGCAAUUGCUGAAGCAUUACUUGCGAAUGAAAAGCUUCCGAAUCUCGAAGCAGCACAAGUAGGAUCGAAAUACACGCAAUACAAUGUUUUGCAGAAACUGAAAAGCAGAGAUCGUGACCGUGAUCUCAGACGACAAAAUACACGUUCUUCUGGAAAAUGUCGCGAGACACGCCGGACCUUAUCUUUCGAUGCUCGUUCUUUCCAUCCAUCUAACACAAUCGAAGGAAAUAAUAGUUCCACACCUGGUAGCUCGUCAUCCAGUACUCACCCCUUGCCAAUUAAUCAUCCUAGUAACGAUCACUUGACCAUGCAUCAACAACAGCUCGGCGACAGAUUGUAUCCUAAGGUACAUGCUUUACGACCAGCAUUGGCUGAAAAGAUAACUGGUAUGUUGUUGGAAUUAUCACCGGCCCAACUAUUGAUGCUAUUGGCUUCAGAGGAUGCUCUACGACAGAAAGUAGAAGAAGCGUUUGAAUUGAUUCAUAGUCAUACUCAAGAUUUAACCAGCGAAAUGCUGGAUCUCGAUGUAUUUAGCUUAACCGAACGUUGCGCGGCAAAUAAGAAAAAACUGGAAAAUAGCAUUUUAGAUGACACCGAAGACAAUGCUCCGCUUUUUUAUUCUCCCGGUAAACGUGGUUUUUAUACACCAAGACAAGGCAGAGGCAGCUACGAACGAUUAAAUGCAUUCAGGAAUGUAGGAAGACUUAUAGGAUUAUGCCUCUUACAAAAUGAGCUUUGUCCUCUAUUUUUGAAUCGUCAUGUAAUUAAAUAUAUCUUAGGAAGGCCUAUACGUUUCCACGAUCUUGCAUUUUUCGAUUCUGUUAUUUAUGAAAGCUUGCGACAACUGGUUAUCGAUGCUGAAACGAAAGACAGUAAUAGCUUAUUCUCGGCUUUGGAUCUUACAUUCAGUAUUGAUUUAUGUCCCGAAGAAGGAGGUGGUUCAAUCGAACUUGUAUCAAAUGGACGUGACAUAGAAGUAACUGCAAAUAAUGUAUAUGAUUAUGUACGCAAAUAUGCUGAAGUUCGUAUGAUCAAGGUACAAGAAAAAGCUUUGCAUGCCAUGCGUGAUGGAGUUUUCGAUGUCCUUCCCGAUGGAGCGCUCGAUGGUUUAACUUCCGAAGAUUUGAGACUCCUUUUGAAUGGAGUCGGAGAUAUUAACGUGUCAGUUCUGAUAUCGUAUACGUCAUUUAAUGACGAGUCUGGUGAAUCGACGGAAAGAUUGGUUAAAUUUAAACGUUGGUUAUGGUCCAUCGUUGAGAAAAUGUCACAUGUAGAAAGGCAGGACUUGGUAUAUUUUUGGACUGGUUCUCCUGCACUACCUGCAAGUGAAGAUGGUUUCCAACCGAUGCCGACCGUAACAAUUCGGCCAGCAGAUGACGCGCAUCUACCAACCGCAAAUACAUGUAUUUCCCGAUUAUAUGUUCCACUGUACAGCUCUCGUCAUGUGUUACGACACAAACUACUUCUCGCUAUUAAAUCAAAAAAUUUUGGAUUUGUAUGAAUUUAAUUCUGUGUGGCUAUGUUGUAUACAAAACAAAGUCACAUUGUUGAUAAUGAUACAAGACCGGAGUUGUAUAUGUUGUUAUUUUUUUCCCUCUAGAAAAAAAUUUUUAACAUUUAUAAAUUUAUAAGGUGUAAUUAUGCAUAUGAUUUUUUUUGUUCCUGAAAAAUAGUUUUUAUCUUCAUAUAUAUAAAGAGAGAGAAUUUUAUAUUAUAUAAAAUGUCUUAUUUAGUCUCUCUCUCUUUCUCUCUCUUUAUAGCGAACAAAUAAAGUUUUCUCUAAAAUCAUAUGAGACUUCAUUUACUUAUCUUGAAUUUUAAUUUAUAUAUGUGUCACAUUCUCUACUCGAAGCACAUAAAUUUAAUAAUAGUCUAAUAAACUUAUUUCAUAUAAUUAUAAUUACAUCUUUGCAUUAUUCAUGUAUUUUUGCACAUAAAAAUUAUUAAUCUUGCUAAAAAUUUUCAUAUUGUGGUAAAAAUGUUUUUAUUACGCAUUUUUAAAAUGUAACAUAAAAUAAUGACAAAGUUUUUUUUGAUAAACAGGAUUUUUUAUGUAUAUCAAUAGCCAGUUUCUUGAAUAAUAGUGAUAUAUGACAUGAUAUAUAUCACACACACACAUUAUGUAUAUAUAUAAAACUUAAAAGACUAUGUAUGAAUAUCAGAUUAUAAAACGUGAAAUUUAAUAUUCAACAGUAUGGCAAAAUUUCCGAACAAUAUGUAUUUCAGUCUCAAUACAGAAGCUAAAGAAUUAUUAAUAAGUAAAUUGUAAUAUAGUAUAUAUGUAAUACCUCAAAAAUAUUAUUAAACA